AGAAGCAGUACCAUCGUUCACUGAAGAGCCUUCAAAUCCUUCACGUGUUGAUGAAAGGGACAAUAUAACUCUUCGUUGGACUUACAACAUUGAUGGCACCUUUAGAGAUUCAGUUUUCACGUCGGUACGUACGGGCGAUACCAUAGCACUGAAAGAUAGCAGCGGCUUGACCGUGGUUCCCGCAUUCUCAGACCAUGUACAAGUGAUUAUAUUAGACAGUGAAGCAACGUUAACACUCCUUCAUGUGAAUAGAUCAGACGAUGGAGAUUAUCGAUACUUCAUUCGGAAUACUAAUUUCAGGUCAACAACAAGUACUGUCAAUGUCAUUGUGCAGUGUAAGUAGACAACAACACAACAACUUAACUAUUCUGUCUUCUUGUACGUAUUCGUGCCAUUUAUAUGCAUCCUCCCUUCCCCUCUCCUUCCCGGUGGCCAAGAUUUUCUCAGGAGGUAAGCUUAUACGAAAUAGAAAUAUGGAAUUUCGUAUGGUUGUAGGAGUGAAAGCAAGAUGAAGGGUUAAAGGAGAAAUGCAAAUUUCAGAAGAUUAGUAAAGUAUUUACUUGUCUUGUACCUCGCGAAGCUUUAUAGAAAAAGGACCGAUAGAGGGCAUAAAGGCCAAAAAAGGGCCAAGUGAGACGUAACACAAAGACCAUUAAAUGUUCUCUUACUUUGAUUUUCACUCAUAUUUUGAAGCUAGAAAUCCACAUCACCUCUAUAUUCUAUUUAAAGUACUUCUGUUGUCAAAAUUCAUGCCCAAAAUCAUUUCUUGAUCACUAAAUCGGUCACAAAGAAAUUGUUCCAGCUUUUUCCUGUCAUGGUUCUGUUGCUAGGCAAUUGCAAACACCAACCAAACCAACAGAAUAUGUGAAGUGAUGUCUCACUUUUGGUUAAGUGAUCCUCAAACAAUUCAUGUGCAAGGUAAUUAAAUUUCAACAAAUUCAUAAACCUCGCUUCAAGAGGAAUUUAUUUACACAUUAUAUAUACAAGGCCAAAUAGAAAACAGGCCUCAUGAAGCAGGUGCUCUGACAUUUUCAGUGGGCUGAAAGUAAACAAAUGAAUGCGCAGCAGUGUUGUUGCAAGGUUUGAAUGACUAUUUCUUUGUUCUUUAAAGUGCUAAUACGACGUAAAUUUGGAAGUCCUUUUUUUUCUUUGGUUAUGGAAAGAAGACGUACUAAUAUAGUAACCAUGCCGAUGUUUUUGCUCAAAAUUCACACAAGAAGUCCGAUUAUUUUGCCAAAAAAACAUUGGCUUUCGCUGUCUGCCAUUAGUUAGGCCGCAAAAUGACCAGGAGCGAAAUAAUGGUUGGGACUAACUUGAACGACCAGGAAGUGACUUCAGACUCGCAUCGAUCCAAAAUCGCGUGGCUGAUUUCCUCUGCAGUCUAUGAGAGAUGUGAGAUCACCAGGUUGUUGAAUUUAUAACUUCAAAAUGUCUCCACACCAGUGUGUAGUGCAAGAUUGUGAUCUUCGUUUGACUAGGACUGGUAACAUGGGAGAGUAAACGUGUUUCGCCGAGCUCCCUCCCUUUACAGUUUUUUUAAUGCUGGGCAAACGCAAAACCGGUCAAAAGCUUCCAAAGAUUCUUUGCCAUCCCCAGAUCAAAAAAAAUCGAAAGACGAAGGAAAGGCACACUCAACUGCAUCAGUACUGACGAAGUGUUCGAAGCUUUAGAAAUGGCGGAAGGUAUAGGGUCGAAGCUUGAAGCGGUACUUAAAAAAUUAGAAAAGCUGGAUACAAUGAGCCAGAUGCACACAACACUAGCAAGUAUUGAAGAAAAUGUAAGCAGGCUGGACUCGGAUGUCGAAGAUCUCAAAACAAAGUCCAAACAGCUUGUCUCAACAGUCAAUGAAUUGAAAGAAAGCAUCCGAUUUAAUGAGGAGAACAUAUCCGAAUUAAAACUUGAAAACCAAAAGUUACAACAGGAUGUCUGCGAGCUCCAGAAACAACUUCUUUACAAGGAGACUUACUCAAGGAGUGAAAAUGUAAACUUUGUGGGGCUACUAGAAGAGCAAGUUGACCACAUGAAUGGCGCGCAAGCAAAAAUAGAAGAUACAAGAGGGAUUAUCUAUAAAUCUCUCGAACAUCAACUAAAUAUUCCAAUUCCGCGACAUAGAAUUCUAUUCUGCUUACGAAAACCGAAAAAUGGAAGCUCGCGUCAAAUCAUUGCACGAGUUUUACGUUAUGGGGAUAAGGAACUAGUGAUGGGUCAGGCCCGGAAAAAUCUGAAGGAAACGGAAUUCCAUGUCUACGAUGACAUCCCAAAGUUAUUGUACGACUCGAAGAAAGGACAAAUGAAGAAGUUUCAGAAGGCCAGGGAAAAAGGCUUUAACACCUACUUCAGUAAAGCUCAGCCAGACAAACUGUAUGUCAACGGAAAGUACAUUGUCCCUGGUGAACCGAUAGAGUGAUAUCCUUUUCAAUAAUACGUUUUUCUCGGCGAAUGCCAAAUAAUCUAUUUGCAAUUACUUUUCCACUUAUUUAAUGCUUUUUUUCAACUUUUUAUGUAUAACGAUGUCAGGGAGUUCUAUAUAUAGGCCCCCUUACCAAACCAUAUGUAUUUUGAAACUGAUUUUAAAGUAUUUAAAAUGUAUUUUCAGUAUUUGAACACUAUUUUCCUGUAUUUUAAUACUAUUUGACAAAAAAUUUAAAUUUUCGCCCCUGUUUGAAAUAUAUCUUGAGUGUAGUUAAAUUGUAUUUCAUGUAAAGGAAAACCUCUCUCAUCAAUUUACAAUGUAUUUUGUUUAAUAAAUAUGAUUAAAAUAGAGUAUUUAAAAUGUAUUUUGGGCAUAGAACCACUAACACUGUUACAAACAGAGUUCAAAUAGACUAUUUGAAAUAUGUUUUAAGGGCUUUUAUGCUGACUGUAAUUAAGAUACUUUUAAAUAGGGUACUUUAACUCUGUUUUGAGUUGUAUCUAAAAUGUAUUUUGAGACGCAUCCACUCACAAAGUUACAAACAUAGUUCAAAUAGACUAUUUGAAAUAUGUUUUAAGAGCCUAAAUGCUGACCGUAUUUUAAAUCCUUUUAAAUAGGGUACUUUAACACUGUUUUGAGUUGUAUCUAAAAUGUAUUUUGAGACGCAUCCACUGACAAAGUUACAAACAGAGUUCAAAUAGACUAUUUGAAAUAUGUUUUAAAACCUUAAGAACUGACCGCAUUUUAAAUACUUUUAAAUAGGGUACUUAAACACUGUUUUGAGGUCUAUUUGAAUUGUAUUUUGGGCACACAGCACUCUGACUAUAAAAACAGAUUAUCCAUAAACUAUUUGAAGUCUGCUUAAAGUCAUCAAAUGCUUACCUUAUUGUAAAUACUUUAAAGUAGUGUACUUAUAACUUAUUAUUACUAGGGUGCAAUACUGUAAUGUCUUUUGGGAGACUUAUACUCAGACUAUAAAUAAAAGUAACAAUUGCACAAAGUUAAUUUUUAAGCCUUCAUCGUGUCACGAACUCAUAAAUGACUCAAAACAAGCUGUCACAUAUUGUGGACCGGAUUCUCCUCCCAACAAAGUUCGAAGCUGAGCGAAAAAUUAAAUCUAAAUUAAAUAAAAAAAGAGAAGAAAAUUAGGAAUAGGUUUUAGCUUUGACUGACAACACGUAACUGUGACAGUGUUCCGAUAAAAGAUCUAUCCGUUCCUCACUGUUCAUUACCUGCAAGCUCUCUGCGAAAAUCUCCGCGUAGAUUUUAGCCGUGAUUCAAUUAAUGCAGUUACGGGACUUUCCAUAAGUUUUUUAAAAGAAACUUCUUAAAAUCGCAUUUUAAUUUCAUAUAGAAAUUUUUUCACAAACAGCCGAAGCCGCGGGCCGAGAACCGGAUGCACGCGGUCAACAGAGGUUUAUCUAAAAUAAGCCCUUGAAAUUACAUAAUAAAUAAAUUAUCCAAGCUAAGAUCUCACCUCAUAUAUAUUGCAUCAAGAAACAAAGCUCAGAUAUGAAUAAACUCCGACAUAUGGUUAUCUUUCUCUCAUAGAUUAUUCCGCACAUGCAUGGCAUAUUAUUUCUAAGAUGUCACGCGCGACUGAAAUCACGACUUCGCGCCGCGGUGAUGUGACAAAUGCACGUGAUAAACAAACCGUCCUUUGUCCUUUGCUCAUUUCAAAUUAUUGUACCGGCGGUUGCUGUGAUGGCGGGUGCGCUUGAUUUUACUGUUUGUUACGAUCUUACAAAAGUAUACAUUUCAACUCUGCGGAUUGUCUGAACACGUAGAUGUUGCAUUUAUCACGGAUCAAAAAUGGGUAUGACUCCUCAGCGACUGUUAUGUACUUUGAAAGGAUCUGGUUCAGUUUCUCUCCGAAGCACGCGGUCUUGUGCUGUCUUGUGUGUUAAUCCAAGAGUCUUCUGUUAUGUGAGUAUUAUACACAAUAUAUGCAUAACAUGUUACUAAGACGCUUAAGUAUACGCCAUAUGAGAAACAAAUGAAGGGUAGUAAACAUUUAUAUACUCCCGCCUGUACGGCAAUUUUAGUUUUUACAGGGUUCCAUGCUCAGCCUCGCUGUUCUCAGUCACUUGAUGUCACGUCACCGACCUCUUUCAUGCUCGUGUAAAUUUGAUGGUGUUAUUCUUAUGUUGUUCUUUAUCAGCCAAUAAUUAAACGUUCAGGCGUAGCCUGCAAGCUUCUGAUAAUAAUUGAGUAAAGCCGUGAAUAUAAUAAAAAAUGUAAGUUACAUGUAUGUAGAUUAUUAUUUACCGGUAACGUAACGCAAUACUCUUUUGAAGCGGAAGAUUGAUAGCCUGUGUACCGACCCCCUUCCCCUCCGAUUUUUAUUGAGGGGAGGGGGUUUGUACACAGGCUAAAGAUUGAUUUCAGCAUUUCUGAAAAAUUCCAUAAGAAUUUCCCGAGAAUUCGUAGGGAAAUCAACGUAAAGUAAUCGGCUAAGAGAUAAUUCCGGUGAAAUCCUAGCGUAGGACUGUGUGGAGAAAUUUCGCAGAAGUAAAUCUUGCUUUUUCAGAGUAAUUUUCGACGGUUUUGUAUUCAUUUUAUUUCAUGAAUUUAAAUGGUAUUUUCAUCCUGUUUUUGUACUGUUUUUAUGCUCUUUCGACCGAUUUUUGUACUGUUUUCAGACAACUCUAAGGCUAUUUUCUUACAAUUUUAUACUGUUUUUGCAUUUUUGCAUCCUAUUUUUGAUGUAUUUUCACAAUAUACGCGUGCUAUUGCUUUUCUUCCUCUGUGGUAUUUUAAUACUAUUUUCAAAGUAUUUUUAUUGUAUUUGCAAAUACGAUUAUUUUACUAAAUUUCGAAACCCAUUAAAAAGCUAUUAAAAUAUAUUUUGAAGCAUAACAUUUUAAUAGCGUUUUAAACAGGUUAAAACACCUUUAAAAUCAGUCGAAAAAUAUAUUAAAAAUAUAUUUUUGGACCUAUUUUAAACCUGUUUUUUUCAAAAUACGUUUAAAAUUGCCAUUAAAAAUAGUUUUAAAAUAGUAUAGCAAAUUAAAAUAUGUUUCUGAAACUGUUUUUAUCCUGUUUUUAUUCCGAUUUAUAAGAUAUUUAAAAACUAUUUUAGACCUGUUUUGAGCCUUGCAAAAGCCCUGGAAUUUUUUAUAUAUUUUAAACGAAUUUAAAAAUACAUUAAAAAUUCUUUUUUAAUAGCGUUUUAAACAGGUUAAAACACCUUUAAAAGCAGUCGAAAAAUACAUUAAAAAUACACUUUUCACCCUAUUUAAAACCUAUUUCACAAAACAGGUUAAAAACAGUUUUCAAAAAUAGCUUAAAAAUACAUUCAAAACAGUGUUGGAUUUGGUAAGGGGGAACAUCGAUCGGGCUAUUACCAAAAGCGACGGAACGCAAAAGGAUUUACUACUGUAAUAUGUGUCUGUAUCUGUGUUUAUGUUCUUCUGUGUGUUAUCCGUCCUUUUCGUGUACCUUGUACAAUUUGCAUAUAUCUAGGCCUCGUAGUUACAAUGCUAAAUUACAUAACUGCUCUUCUGACACUCUCAACAAAGGAUUUCCUUUCUCAUCUUUUCACCAUGCAACCUGAUGAUAUGGUAAUUUGCUCCCUAAACGUCAGAGGUUUGUCAAACAAUACUGAACGGAGAGAAACGUUUUUAUGGUUAAAGAAAAAAAAGUUCUCUAUUAAUUUUACUUUUUGUAAGAAGUGUAUAGCACAAAAGAGACAGAACCUUAUUGGCAUUCUGAAUGGUGAUAUUCGACUAUUUUUACAACCUUCUCAAGCUCUAAGGCAGGCGUUGCUAUGCUGUUGAACAAUAAUUUCCUUUUUUAAAUUCUGAAACAUUUUGCCGACCCCGAAGGGAGGUUUAUUAUUACAGACUUAGAUACUGGGGACAAAAUUAUUACACUGGUAAAUGUCUACACGCCUAAUGAGGACAAUCCAGCCUUCUUUAGAAACGUACAUGACAAGCUGUGCUCCCUUUGAAUGCGAUUUUGUAAUUUUUGGUGACGACUUCAAUUAGUUUGUGAUGUUUCUAAAGACAAAAAAGGGGGUGUUGCCACAACACACUUGAAAUCUAAAGAUGAAGUAGAGGCUAUCAGAGAAGAUUUCGAACUGGCUGAUAUUUGGCGCAUACUUAACCCUCCGGCCACGCGUUUUACGUGGAAAAGGGAAAACCCUGAGAUCCAAUGCCGCUUAGAUUUCUUCCUCAUUAGUCUUUCUCUUUACCCAGAGAUCACGGAAGCCGACAUAGUGCCCGGUUACCGAAUAGACCACUCAAUGAUUACAUUUCGCAUAAACACAGCCCGAAACCCCAGAGGACCAGGUUAUUGGAAAUUAAACACACACCUCUUAACUAAAACGCAAUACGUUGAGUUGAUACGAACAACCAUCGCUAACGUGUGUAAGGAAUAUGAAGGCCAGAGUGAAGUUGACGAGAUUUUAUUAUGGGACGUCAUCAAAAUGAAAAUUAGAGAAGCCUCUUUAAAUUAUACCGCAGCCAGGAAACAGCGUUUGGAAAAUAGAGAAAAUCAGUUAGAAGAAGAAGUUUUAGCACUUGAGAAUAAGCUUGACAAACGUAAUGCAUCAGAAAAAGUGAAAGAAAACAUACGGACUGAACUCAGAAUUAAGAAAAAGCUAAUAGAAGAAAUAAUCGCCUACUAAACUCAUGGGGCUAUUCUUAGAUCAAAAGUGAAAUGGUAUAAUGAAGGAGAAAAGAAUACAAAACAUUUCCAUAAACUGGAGAAGCGGCACUUUAAUAGUACCUUCAAAGCGCAAAUGGGAAGAAGUUUUCGACGGACGUAGAGAUUCUAGACGAAGCAAAAAAGCUACUAUGGGCAUCUUUACACGACUACAAGUGUUGAUGUCAGUGAUUAUGAUAAUCUUUUUUUCCCUGAGGUUACUGAAACAAAGCUGGGUAAUAAUCAAAAAAAAAAUCUUGCGAAGGCCAACUGUCAGCAACGGAAUGCAGACAGAGUCUAAAAACAAUGCAAUCGGAUAAAUCGCCUGGGACGGACGGUAUUCCAGCAGAAUUUAAUUAUAAAGUUUUUUGGGACGAUGUGUCUCCCUUUCUACUCGCCGAUGAAGAAGAAGAAGUUGAUGGUAUUUUACUCGUAUUAUACUUCAGAGUAUAAUACCAUCAACUGACGUGAUACAACUCACUUUGACUCAGAAGAUGACUACCUCACAGGUUGUCGAAACGUCAGUCACUGUCAAAAACAACAGUCCUAUUCAGGACUAUGUUCACCCGGGCGAUCAAACUCAACCUACUUUUGAAAUGACUCCUGGGUUCAAGCCUUUCACAGUAUCUUGUUUCUAUUGUUCUAAAUUCAAAUGCAUUAUAAUGUGGGCACAUUGACUGAAUCGACGUUGAAAAAAUUAAAGCCUAGAAGAAAAACAAAAAUUUACGUCGUAGUAGCACUUUAACAUAAACAGCAAGGCUCAACCAUUAACAGUUGGUCAUCAGACAUUUGUUCAGCAAAUUUGAUGAUUUUACCUAGGAAUGAUAAAGUCUGGCCUGUCACUUUGACUGGGCGCGUUUGAUCCAAAGUGAACCUUAAUUAUACAACGUACUUUAUCGAUGCUUGGGGCAAAACAUUGUUCUAUUGCUUUUGGCUCAACACACACAUUGACAAAAAAAUGAUCUGUAAUUAAACAGUUAAAAAGCAAUAAAUUUGAGUUUAACUGUGCUGGUAAAGAAUUUAUUGCAUCCAUGAAUCAGUCUUGUUUACAUAUGUGCAUAUAAGAAGCCUUAUCUUGUGAAACAGCAGUCCAGUACAGUCAGGUGGCCUUUGAAGUAAUAUUGUUCCCAACUAUAAAACAGAAAUGUUUGUCUUUACAUUAGGCUGUUAAGUAUUUUAAUACUUAACAGCCUACUUUAAAAAGACUUAAAGGAGCUGUGUCACGAAAUUCAGCCAAAUUAGGAAAUAACAAAAUGCCCGUUAAAUUAAGAGGAACAUAAAAAUAACCGCUGAAAACUUUAAAGGAAGGUUAAAAUAACAUAACAGAAACAACAGAUACCACGGAUGGGCAAAACUGAAGAAUAUUGAAACGGAUUAAAGUCAGGGUUUUUGAAAACUGUUCAGCCUAACAGUUUUUCAAAGUUGAUCCCUGCGGCUUGCAACUUCAAAAAUAAUGCUCAGGAGACAUAUUUGUUCGUCUCGGAUCUCUGAUUUUGUCAUUUACAUGUAAUUUCUUUGCUUACUUUAAGUUCCAUAGCGAUUGAGAGCGAACGUAGGGCGAAUAAUUGGCAAAAUUAAACAAAAUGAACUGGACUGCCGUGACACAGACCCUUUAAGAGCUGCUACGUUUUACUUAACCAAAAAUGCAGGUGAGAGGGCCUAUUGUAAGUAAAACCUCAAGUAACUUUACUUUUCAUCUCAUGAAAGUUGGAAAGGUUAAACAGUUCAAUAAGGUCUCAAGUGAUUCAAAACCAUCCUUAUGACCGACUUAGGUGACUUGCAUUUUCUCGGGUUGUCAGUCAAGCUAUUUGCUGCUAGUAGCUGUUGUGUUUCAGAAUGUUUCAAUUGGGUGUCCACCUCAAGGACUCCAUGGCAGGUAAAACAAGUAGACUUUUUCUGUGAACAAAUUGUGACAAUCAAGCAUGAACUGGAUACGUUAUCUAUUACUGUUGCUCCUGUUCUUCUAUUGAUUGAUGACGCCAUAAUUACAUGUGAAUUAAGCGAAUUUUUUCCCACCUCAGAGGAUGAACUUUCUGGUCUCGUGAAAAAAAUCGCCGCCAAAUCGCGUUCUCUUGAUCCUGUAACUGCUUCUCUUUUACGUUAUUGUAUCGUUGAUUUAAUACCUAUUAUUAAAGGAGUCGUAAACCUUUCAUUCAAUUCAGCUUCAAUGUCAAGUUCCGUGAAGAAUGCAGUGUUGUCUCCUCUGCUGAAGAAACCGUCCCUAGACUUCGAAAUCUUUUCUAACUUUCGACCCAGACGACGAUCGAACAGUAUCUCAUGAUGCAUUUUUCCAGAAGUAUCACGCAAUAUCGCAGUCAUGGCAGAUUCUGACGUAAAAUAAGGUCGUCUUCUCGUCGGCUUUUUUCGCAUUCGAUUUCCAGAAACAGUAAGAAUAUUGCAUUAUCUCGUUAUUUGACGUGUUUUUCCCCGAUUUGCAAUGCCUUAAGAGCAACGUUUCCACAGAGAAACAUUUAUUUUCGUGGUUUCAACUCGUCUUCCCGUCAAAAAGUGUUCAGUGACCCACAACAAGGUCAUGAAUAUUCAAGAAUUUUAAGAAUAUAUGUUGAAAUCUUCAAAAUGUGGACCUCAUACCAGAAAAAUGAAGUCCUGAAUAUUGUACAGGUUAAGAAGUACCAGAAGUACCCACAUUUUGAAGACUUUUUCGUCGACGAAAGAUGGCUGAAAUUUCGAAUCUUUUAUCACAUUUCAACGCCAUGGGUGGGAAUAUAUGGGUAAAGUCCGCUGAAGGCUAAAAUCUGUUGGGCGCUUUCGAGAGCGCUUUAUGCCGAAGCAAUCACUUUGUAUUUUCAAAGUGGUUAUUGUUACAAGGAAUUUGAAUGUAACCAUUUUCAUUCGAAGAACGAGCGGUGAAUAAUGGUGUGUUUCAGUGUGAUAGGAACCCAAAGAAAGGUGCCACGCAGCAUGGUAGUAUCGAAAACGAAGCACUCGAAAACGAAGACCGAAGCACGAAGUACCCAAAUCUCGAAAACGAAGCACCCUAGAUCGAAAACGAAGCACCCUAUCUCGAAAACGAAGCACCCAAAACUCGAAAACGAAGACCCCUAAAUCUCGAAAACGAAGCACCCAAAAACUCGAAACCGGUCUGUCCUUUAUAAACACGAGACCAAUGCUAAUACAGCAGGAAUCAAGCACGAUAACGAAUCGAAUUCUCCUGUUCCCCACCAUAGAGCCUGGUCCCAGGCUGUUAUCCUAGAACAAAUUCUGCCUGGAUCUGAUCUGUUCUGAUCACGCAGUGUCAAAGAUAUCCAAUAUGUUAGACUGCAAAACAAUCGCUUUUUUUUUCUCAAAAUCAGUAAAGAAGUCGGUAAAGCGUGGCGUAAGAGUAAUAAGCGCGAGCCUCACACUCCGUUUUCAGCCUCGUUUCAGACCUUUCGUGUUACUGCUCACGCGUACUUAAAUACGCCAAACUCUGCUGACGGACAGUUUUGAAGUCUACAUAAACAUGUAUGUGUACCGAAAAAAUGCAUAUUAAGGUAAGAUGUAUCAAGUAUAGCGAGACUAAUAGUAAAAUUAAUACAGGAUAUCCUAUCUAGAAACGUUCAGUGAAACAGUUGGUUAUAAAACCUUGUGAUGGAUUUUGUGGACCUUUGGAGGUGCGGACGCAUCCGCUGCUUCCACCUGUUUCGGAUUGCGUCAUGUAAGACGUAAAGUUGCACUUAUUAAACCUAUAGUACUUUCGAGUUUUGGGUGCUUCCUUUUCGAGAUUUGGGUGCUUCGUGCUUCGGUCUUCGUUUUCGAGUGCUUCGUUUUGGAAACUACCCACGCAACAUGCAAGCCGGCACAACGUAAACAAGCCUGCUCAGAAUUUGAAAAAGAAACAUCAGAAACUUUAUUUAGUCAAAAGAACAGAUCAGUACUCUGGCCAGGAAAUUUCCUUGAAGAUUGCUUGAGUCAGUACCAGGUAGAUUGUGCUUCAGAGAAUUGUUUGUCGCAUCAGUAGGUUAAAUUUUGUUUGUAAUUGCCGUUGUAAACUGACAGCUGUGAGGGCGAUGCUGUAAUAAAUCCUCCUUUGGUAAUUAGCUUUACAGCGCGUAGCGGCUGUUUUUUUUGGAACCACUUUUUAGAUCAUUCAUGGUUUUGGUUCUUCUCAGGCCUGAGUUCUCCUAGUGAACCUAGCGAAGCUUAUCAGUUGUCGAGUCUUAUACUUCGUGUUUACAGUGCCACCGAGCGCACAAGCGGUAGUUCUCGACAGAUCAGUGAAACACAUGUAAAACCCUUCUUAGUCAAAGUAACGCUGAAAUUCUCCUUUAAAGCACAGCGAAUAUAAGCCAACUCGAUAAUCUCAAAAGCAGAAGCUGCUGAACCGAAACAUGUUUGGAACCAUCCACAUCGAGCACUGCGAUGUUCAUUUCGCGCGUGCUGAAGAUUACUGAUCAUGUUAUGUCACGUACGCAGUGAUAAUGUAACAUGAAACGAGCUGCAUCAUGGGAUACAAUUCGAUCGUCGUCUGCUUUCGACCUGUAUCUAACCUGAAGUUUUUGUCUAAAGUUACUGAAAAAGUUGCAGCCAUGCGUCUGACUAAUUAUUUGUGUGAUAUUGAUCUGAAUGAAAGUCUUCAGUCUGCUUACAAGAAAAACCACAGUUGUGAGACAGCGCUUCUACGUGUUCAAAAUGAUAAACUGAAAUCAAUCGAUGAUAAACAAUGCGUUGUUCUCUUGCUGCUAGACCUAUCAGCAGCCUUUGACACCGUCGAUCAUAAGAUCUUGUUACACAGACUGCGAUCCAGGUUUGGUAUAAAAGGAAAAGCGCUUUUGUGGCUUCAGUCUUAUCUUAUGGAUCAUUCCCAGUCAGUUCAGAUUGAUGGAUUUACCUCUGCAGUCCGUCCGCUCAGAUUUGGUGUACCCCAGGGGUCCGUGUUGGGUCCGUUGCUGUCUCUGUUGUACACGGCCCCACUAGGUGACCUAAUACGAUUGCAUGAUAUGGACUUCCAUCUAUAUGCUGACGAUACUCAACCGUACACCACCUUCAGUUGCGAUGAUAAGGAUGAUCUUACCGCUACAAUUUCCCGGAUUGAAAGCUGUCUUGUCGAUAUCACCAACUGGAUGACUACUAACAAACUGAAACUAAAUACUGACAAAACGGAACUUCUCAUUUUCUAUUCUAGGUUCAGAUUGUUCCCAGGGCUACCUUCUAUUAAGAUAGGAACUGAUAUCAGUCAAGCCUACAGAUAAGGCGCGUAAUAUCGGCGUCAUUUUCGAUAACAACGUAACGAUGUAUUUUCAUAUUAAAAACAUAGUUAAAGUGGCAUUCUACCACCUUAGAAAUAUAGCUAAGAUUCGUAAGUAUAUCAAUGCCACAACGGCUGAAGUUCUUGUGCACGCAUUCAUAAAUUCGAAGCUGGAUUUCUGCAACUCACUUUAACAUGGUUUUCGCAAGUAUGAAAUUAACAAACUGCAAAGUGUCCAAAACGCUGCAGCGCUUGUGAUUGCCUGCUUACGUAAUUUUGAUCACAUAAGUGAUACUCUAAAGGAGUUGCACUGGCCACCAGUGGAGCAAAGAAUAAUCUUUAAGAUUAAUCUUAUUUGUUUUAAGACACUAAAAAAAUUAGCUCCUGAUUAUUUGGUCGACCUAAUCCAUGAACCUGCGAGGUACCUUCGCUCAUCUUCAGACAAGUGGCGUCUUGUUAUUAAACCUUAUAACUUAAAGACAUACGGUUUAAGAGCAACUCCAUGCAAAUAUCGACCAAAGUGCGGCAACGCUCAAAAAAUAAAAAUCGCUCUUCUUUUGCAUACUGAUAGACUUUAGUAAGUGUACAAACGCCAUGCAGUUUUUUCUUUGAAAGAUCUGUUCGUUUCCGAGAAAAACAAUAAAACCGUUUCAAGCCCCGCCGUCGAUUUCGCAAGCCGAAAACAGGGUUAAAAUUCACUAUGAUUCGCUCGACUUGCAUUUCAAAAUAACCGCUCUAGAAAAAAAGCUUUUUGCUAAAAUUGUAAGUAUAAAUCGUUGUUGACCAAACUAUAUAAUAUUUUUAGCAUUACAACAGUCUGAGUAAUUAUAAAAAGCUAAAGCGUAUGUCUACCUGUUGUUCAACCACGGAAGGUAGUUGAAAAAAGUGCCGAUUUUCAUCAUGUGCCUUUCAUCAGAAUUUUUCAGGAUUGAAGGGGAAAACGCUACAAGCAUCAAACUAUUAUGUUGUGUUAAAAUUAUUCUGGGGAAAUCAUUUUGAGCUUCUUGAAAUUAUUUGAAAUUCCUGUUACAGACAACAUAAAAUAACGCCAUCCAACACAUGAGUCACGCGACCACCACCAACAAUUUGACUUUAGGUUUCCGUUUACAACGCUGGUAGCCUUGAUAUGUACAACAAUUUUUUUGAAAAGCUCACCUUAACCUGUAUCUGUUGUACUUCAAGCUCCAAGUUGUUUCAUUUUGCCGUCUUAUCACCUAUGUUACCGUUGUCGUGAAGUCCGCUGGAAUGUGUGCGUUCACAUUGUAGCAUUGUGGGGGUGCGUGACAGCUUUCUGGUAAUUUCUUCAUCCCUCUGUUUUCUCUAAUGUUUUCAAGUUAACAUCUCGUGCUUGUUAAACAUUUUGAGAAACCUGGACCUUAAAAAAGCCGUCUAUAAAAUAAAACUCGGUAGUUUAAUGUUUCGUCAAAAAACCGUAAUGAUUGCGUGACUAUGAGCAUUGAUUUAGUUAAAGUUUAGAGGAAUUAUGUUUAAGAACGUUGAUUGACAUUGAUUCUAUACAUUGAUUGAAAAGCAUUAGGUUAUUGUAUUUCAAACCAGUUUUUUCAGUAAUCGAAGUGAGAAAGAAGUUUAUAGUCUGUUUAUGAAUCCGCUUACCUGAAGAACGUUUAAAGAAUCUGCUAACCUGUAAAGUGAGACUGUUAUAGCGACCCGCCACAGAAGUAAGUUUACAUUGAAGUUUUCUGAAUUUAGCUACAAGAUUAAGACUCGAUUUGUGUUUGUUCUGAUUGCGAAUUAUAAAUGUAUUUCUUUAGAUCGAAUAAUUAUUAAAGCUUGGCUUGAUAUUAUGCGGUUUGUGGUGGUCAUCACGAGCUAACCAGUUCCAAUGGAAACAUUUAACAAAGCAAGGUUCCUUGCUCGUGGAUCCGUUCACUUUAAUUAAUCUCAUUUGCAUAGGAGUGUGCCAAGGGUCUACUUCCGGUGAAAUACACGUCACGAGCUUUACCGACUUUCACCCGUUACUUCCAGUACACUGAAGAAGAUUCAUCUUUUAUACUCCUCCUUCUUUAAAAACACUCCAGUUGCCAUUAUUUUACCCGAGAAUCAUCUUUAAUAUUUUGACGUUGUAGACAUCUGAUCAACAUUAUCGAAUUAAAUUUAGUUUAAUUUGAUUCAACUGUUGAUUCCCACUUGAAAAAGAAAAAGAUCUUUGCAUAAACACUGUUUGUGUGCGCUCUUCUUCGAUGAAGCUAUGGAAGGUUCGUGCUCAUUCGAGUCAUUAGUAGGUACUCUGUGUUCGUUUGAUAGAAGGGAGGAGGCAGAGAUCAACUGAGAUUGUGCCUUUGUCGCUGUCAAACUAUUAAGGACGCAGCUGGGCCUCAAAAGGUCGACAUUGUCUCUUUCUGGUAUUGAAAGCGAAGCAGACUUUAUUUUAGCUCGGAACUGACCAGCCAGACCAUUCCCGUCACAAUGAUAAUUUCCCUUUUAAUCAAACUCUUCAGCUAGGUCAGUCAAAUCCGAAAUAGUAUGCUCGAAAGAGAACGUUUUUCAGCAAAAACUCGUGGAAAAAUCCUAUUUCAUUUUCAAAAUGACUGGUCGGGCGAUGGUCCAGCCGGCCAGUUCUGACAGAUGGAAAGCGCUCUAAGUUCCUUUAGUAUAUGACCUUUCCAUCGUUCUGAGCUCGGUAUUGGAUGGCGACGGAACAGUUAUCAUGAGUUAUUCCGAUUCGUGCCAAGUUCCAAAGGAAAUCGCCAAUCACAUAAUUGAAAGAAGAGGGAAACCUGUUAAAGCCGUCAAAGGAGUUAGAAGAAGAACAUUUCAGAAUAUAUCUAUUAGCAAACCGGUAUCCUCAUUCCUGUAGGUUCAGGUACUCUUGGCUAUUCAUUCAUUAUAUUCUAAUAAGUCACUUAGAUUCAAGAGUUGUCAAUUCUCUUAGAUAACCCAGAGUCUCCCGGGUACGGCACCAAUCCACCUAAUCUGUCCGAUAAAAUAAACCUUUCAGUUUUACUUUUGGUUUGAAAUUAAACCCGAUUUCCCCUGGAGUAAAACAUUUUUUUUGUAAAAGUUAAAGAUCAUAGUCCAGUUCUGAUAGCUUUGUUGUUGUCGUUUUUUUUAUUAUUACGAUUAUUUUUACACUUCCUUCAAGCGACUGACUUGUACCUCAUUCAAGACAACGUGUGGGGGAUAUGGCAUCGGACAGAACUCAACGAUUCCACAUUCGAACAGCAAAACAAGUGGUCGAUGCAACUCUUGGAGAGAUUGCAACCUCGUUCCCAGGGUUCUCUCCUACCCGCCCUACGGACGGACGGGAAGGAGAUUGCGCCAAAAGACGCUGAAAAACUCUGGGUAUCCUUAGUUCAAUCUCAAAUUGUAGCUCAGCAGACCAAUGACGAAGCCAUUGACUUCAAGCUCCUUGCAAAACUGGCUUCCUGGUCUUACUCGGCACAGGUUAAAGAUCGCAAGGCUUUAUCGGAUCCUUCAUGGCCGAGGUUCUGUUGUCUCCGCUGUUUGUUCCAGAAGAAUGUAUUUUUUUCGUUUUGGAAAUUGUCUUCUUUCAAAUGUACUAACAAAAAAAACGUAAGUAAUGUUUGUUUCAAUUCACGAAAAGUGACAUUUAAAACAGCAGAAAUUACAUUAAUUUUGUCCUUCAUUAGGAAGGCACUCUGAAAUAACGCACUUGCAGGCCAGGAUUACCCACGUGCAGCCAAUAACUGGAAGUUCUACCUGUGAAUAUGUGAAGAAAACAUCUACACAAUUUUUUGUUAACUAAAGACAUCUUUUGAUUUGAUAAUGCCGACGUCUCGAAGCAAUGAAAAUCUUCAGCGAGGCUACCAAUUAAAUUCUUCAUUUUCAAAAAUUUUAUAUUACACGCAUGUUUUACGUUUGCAUUUCGCCUGCUUUUAGCGGAUCCUGACCCCGGGUCCCGGGAUCUUGACAGCUGUAAUCCGAUAUUACUGUUGAAAGUAAUUUGCAUACUGAGUCACAAAACGUCCGUAGGGCGCUUCAUCCUUCAGAUUGGCGCUUCCUUCUGCGGUGUCCAGCAGCAUUUUGAGACAGAAGUUGUUGACAGAUAAGGAGGAGAGGGUUUACUACGUGCUGAAUUAACAGUAGCGAACUUCGUUAAAAAGCAUGCGUGUUGGUUACGAGUCUCAAACAGAGUUUAAUAUAGAAUGGCAAACUUAAACAGAUGGCAACGGGAAACAUUUUGCCGUAAACCUAGACCUGAAACAAAGAAUAGGGUAAGUACUUUAACAUUUAGGACUUUGUGCGUGAAUAUUAGCAAGACUUUUUAGGACAGACGUUUGAUGAUCUUUGCCUGGUCGAUUGACGAUACCGCAUAUGAUAAAGAUGGCGUUACUUUAUGUUGUCUGUAAAACGAUUUUCAAAUAAUUUCUGAGAAGCUCAAAAUGAUUUCCCCAAAAUAAUUUUUACAUAACAUAAACGUUUGAUGCCUGUUGUGUAUUUCCCUUCAAUCUGAAAAAAUUCUGAUCAAUGGCACAUGAUGAAAUUCGUCGCUGUUUUCAACGACCUUUCGUGGGUAAACAUCAGGUAGCCGUAGCUUUAGUUUUUUUUUUUUUUAAUUACUCAGAGGGUUGUAAUGCUAAAAAUAUUAUAUAUUUUGAUCAACUACGAGUUAAACUUAAAAUUUUAGCAAUAAGUUUUCUUCCUAGCGCGGUUGUAUUGGAACGCGAGUCCAGCGAAUCAUGAUGAAUUUCAACCCUGUUUUUGGCUUGCGAAAUCGACGGUGGGGCUUGAAACGGUUUUCUUCGUUUUUCUCAGGAACGAACGGAUCUUUCGAAGAAAAAAAUACAUAGCGUUUGUAUACUUACUAAAGUCUACCAGUCUGCAAAAGAAGAGCGAUUUUGAUUUUUUGAGCCUUGCCACGAAUCGGCGAUUUUGGUCGAUUUUUGCAUGGAUUCGCUCUUAAGGGCCUUUUCAGUUAUUGCCCCUAUACUCUGGAACGAUUUGCCUAUUGACAUUACAUCGAUCAAUGAUGUAAAUAAGUUUAAAUCUAAAUUGAAGACCUUUCUUUUUAAGCGAGUUUACGAACUAUCUUAGGUUUCUUAUUUUGUAUUUUUGUGACUGUGUAUAUAUAUAUGUAAAUGAUUUUUUAAAAGAUUUUUAUUUUUUAUCCACACCUUUUUGAAGCAUUGUAAAGCGCUUAGCACUGAAAAGUAUAGGCACUAUAUAAAUAUGUUUAGUAUUAUUAUUUAUUAUUAGCAUGCCAGUUUGGAGGUCUUGGACAGAGCCAUGCUCUUCGUCUCCAACGUGCAGCUUGAUGACUUUCUUUUCUGCACUAAUUUAAGGGUAAUCUGUGUUAAGAAAAUGAGCAUAACCUACACUCAUUGAGCGAAUGAAGGCCCCUACUUGCACUGUGUUUUAAUUCAUGAUUUGAUGCAAGUGUAAACCAAAAUAGGCCAAAGGUAUACUAGCACUGUACAUCAACUUCUGCCCUAUAGACUUGUGUCACGCAGUGGCCAUUUUGUCCCAAGAGAUAAAAAAAAGUUUUGUACUUGCUAGGCUAGCCUCGUUCUCACUGCGAGGCUAAACAUGCAAAAAAAAAAAAAAAAGCUCUUUAAUCUCCUGGGGCAAAAUGGCCGUCGUGUGACAAAGAUCUAUUAUGGGCUUAAUUUAGAAAACCUUUGUUAAGCGGUCACCUGGCUAAUUCCUGAGGGUGACCCGCUUAAUAGAGGUUUGACUGCAAGAUGUGUCUGUAGCAUUAUAAAAUGGUGGUCUUGGAGCUGCUUUGGCAUGAAUAUGUAUUUUCAUGUUCACUGAUAUGUGAAAAAAUUAAACUACCAAAUUGACGCUUUCUUAUCCGUGCACAAGAACACCCCUACAACCACCUCUCAGUUUCAUUGGAACAGCCAGAGAAUAUUGGACUUGUGGGCUAGCAAUUGCCCUCAGAAUUCACAUGUAAUAAAUCAUAAUUAUCAUAUUUGACCAUUCCAACUAUAAGGUACAUGUAGCAACUUUGUUGAAAAAUGAGGAUAGCUAGGUUACAGGUCUACAGGCUCUCCACUACUCUCCCUUAUCUUAUAGUUUGUUUUAUCGGGAAGUGUAUAGAGUGAUGGAUCAUUAAGUGGAAGGAAGCAGCCCUAAAGAUGCUAGUACCUGUUUUAUUUGUGCAUUUUUUAAUCAACUUUGAACAACUUACAUGUAAUACUUAUCAGAGAAUGUUUUAGAAGGUUUCAAUUUUCCUCCCUUAUUCCUUUUUUUCAGUCAAACCAGAGAAUGUACAGGUGUCAACAAAUGCCACUGGAAACCAAGCCUGUCUUGGAAGCUAUUUGAACUUUACUUGCUCAGUUGGUACUCAUGGUAAUCCCGAAGUGUACUACUACCAGUUGUUUAGAAAUGACACUGUUUUGGGCACAAGCAGUUCAGGAGAGUGGAUCAGGAUGCUGUCAAGCAGUGGAGUCUUCGCAUACAGAUGCCAGGCCAACAACACUGUGGGAGCAGCAAACAGCACAACUGUUACUAUUAUUGUUGGAGGUAAAUAUCAACAAUAGUUGUACUGGUAAUGUUCAUUGCCAGUACGUUUGCACCAUGCAAUAUGUACAUGCCUGUUGGCAUCCCUGUAGAUUGUGUAUCAGUGUGGGCUUCAAAACAUGCGAGGAGGUUAAAAACCAAUCAGGGGUCAAUUAAACUGAAACUUUUACAAGACUAGCACGUAAUUUACAAGUGUAAACUAUUGUGUUCAGACCUGGCUAAAACAAUAAGUUGAAAAUAACACUUCUAAAAGUUUUAUUAAUAAAAUUAACCCAGCAGUCUUCUUCUGCACUUAUCAUGAUCCCAUUCCCAAUACAUACCUAAUUCUGUAUAAAAUUACAAUUAUCAGUAUGAAGUGGGAAAAUGCUUGUUCCCUUUAUCCAGAGCUUCCCGUAGAUGAUAAAUUCCUUCGUAUGGAAACAAGUGACUGAAAAUGAUUGGCUGGGGUUGUAAUGAGUCAUUUCUGUCACUAUACAUGUAAGUGACAUUAAAAUGAGAGAUCACCUAUAGCCUAAGGGUCCUUUUAAUAUUUGUGGAUUCGUUCUCCUGAGGACUAGGACCUCACAUGUAAAUUAGGCUUAGAGGACACAAGAUGGCUGGUCUUUAAUUUGGCGGCGGGCAGUUUCAAACCUGUUAAUUCCUUGGUUAAAAGAAUACUUAAAACAAAGAGGCAUUCAAAGCUCUGGAAAACAUAAGGUUGAACUAGAAGAACUUUGUGAAAAAAGUAGGGAGAUGAAAGUCCCAAAGAUUGCUACAUCUACAUAAGAUGGAAACACGUACCACUCAAUCAAAGAAUUUCAAUGAAAGAGCAACUAAAAACCGAUGAGGGAGAUCUGGGAAAUCCAUUGGAUCACAAAAACCUUAAUGGACCAAAAAAUUUUACUUACUGUAUGUAGCAGACUUUAGAUUUCCAAAUUUUUAAUUUACCUGGCGGGAAAAUAUCCCUUACAUUAAAUGCUGAAAGCCUAAAAUGUUUACAAAUCUCUUGUGGGGUACUGCAAGUUGUAUUUUGAUGGACACUUGGAAGACCUUUCCUAUCAUCCUCCUGAACCCAAUACUAGUAGUUACGGUUACUUCAAGUGAAUGAUCGAAAUAGCUGGAUCAUUCACCCCACCUAGCAUCAAAGAUGUUGGAAUUAUUGGUUAGAAUAACAUCCAUUGGUCUCAGGAGUGUGUGACUCCAAAGUUUGAACUCUAGUUGGUUGUUGAAUUAGACAUUUAAAUUUUGUCCCUCUUCUACAUGUAGAUGCGCUAGACGUUUUCCUUCUGGUGUAUCGUGUCUCAUUCCAUGAACCCUAAAGUUUAUUAAGGUUUAAUUAUAUAUACGACGACAUUCUGUUGAUUCAGAGAGGCCUAGUUUUAGGUGUGACACAGUUCUUCCUCCAAAAGAAGUCUACAGUAACCAGUUAAUUUUUCGGGUAGUCUGUAGAUUCCAACUAGGAUUAUUAUUAUUUUUUUAUCUUCAAGUUGUGUAGAUAUAGUUUUUCGGAGGCCAUACUGAUAUUUACUUAAGAGUGAUUUUAUGCUUGUCUGAUUACUAUAAUAUAUAGAUUUAGCCAGGGCUAAAAGCGAAGCUCCCAUUAAUAAAUCUAUAUUUUAAAUCAAACAAUAAACUUGUAAUCCACAAAUCAGUUAACUUAAGGGCACAUUCAUGUGACUUUUGAGAGAAAGGAUAAGUUAUUUUAGAGUGAAACAUCUUACAUCGAGUUGAUAGCCUAAAUACACAUGUAUGUACACCCAAAAAAUAGCAAACAUCUUCUAUCACAUUCAAGAGCCAUAAUGGCUCUUGAUCACAGUAGAUUAGGCCUCGAAAACAAAUUCUUGGAAAACAAAUCAGGCCGCAUUUUUUGCGUUCGACAGGUUUACUUUACAAAUUCUUCACAACAAAUCUGAGGGUGUGUAAACCAACCUUUUACACUUUUUAUACAUCACAUCUGAGGUGAAACAGUACUUUUUAUCAUACAGACCUCGGACAGAAUACGGCAUUUCACAAUUUUUCAAUGUUCAGGACAAUCAAUCGUGGGCUUUUAGCGAAACCGUUCAAAAAAUUUCCAAAAUCACCCAUACGGCCAGCCGGUUCUCAUUUUUAAUGCGAGCUGUCAGUGUGGUCGAGUGUUUGAAUGAACUUUAAUGGAAAUACGCUUCAACAUAAUAACGAAUUUAUUAUCAUUAUUUUUUGUUAUUUAAUGGUUCCAGUUAUAACGAUGUGUAAUCUUAUAAAGCGACAUUUCUAAGUACUCCUGCAAACGAUGUUCAUGAACGAUGAAAACAAACACCACGGACAAGCGAUUAAAAUUGCAAGGGAGACUACUAACAAUCAAUAAAAGAAAUAUAAUUCGUUAAAACAUUUACAGAGACAACACUUUUCAUUCACGAAGACAAGUAUUAAAGUGUCUCUAAAAAUGCUGAGUCUUUAAGCUUAAAGCUUAAGCUUAAGUUUAUUUUGUUUUACUUUCAGCCGGUCUCCCGGUGUUUGUUUUUUUUUCAAAGAUGAACUCCUCGAAGCAAGAAAAUCACUCAAAGUUUUUCUUUCUACAGCCAAAUUGAUAACUAAAUAUUCUUCGGAACGUUUUUUUUUUCUAUUUGCCGUGAGAAAAUAUAUCUGAAGGCCUUUUAAAGUUCUGUAAGCUUAUAUCAAACCUGAUACUAGAUCAGAUCAUUGACUCAAACGUGCAAAAACUUGCCGCAUAAACUGUGCUCGGCUUCAUGAAAUUAGAUAUAACAAAAACAAACAUCAAAUACAAUAAUUACUCAGGCUUACCAUUCGAGAUUCAGUUCCUGAAAGAUAUCAAGGAAGACCAUAGUUGCUUGAGACUUUUAAACCCUCUUACGCAUUGAGCAAGGUGAAAGACGAAAACGAUGCCAUCCGAAAUCGGAUUACCCAAUUUUGACAAGCGACGCAUUUCUCAACCAAAAACCCAAUAAACAAACCAGCCAUGGAUAACAGAAGACUCUUGAUAGCAGCUGUAUUUCAUUUUGUACAUCCAGUGGAAAAAGACAGUUAAAAACAUCACAAGUUGACACAAAACUCUGUCAGCUUUGUUUAGCUGUCAAAGUAAACAACUUUCAAGAUGCUGCAUAAAUUUUCCGCAUGAACUCACCUGUCAAAUUUUGACCAAUCAGAGUACAAAAAUUGGACGUAGAGCGUGACCAACGCGUGACCAUGGUAAGAAAAGGUCUUCCCCGCCUUUAUUUUUAAAAAAAGUGGCUGAAUUUUCGCGUCCGAGGUCAGUUUGAAAUCAAAAUCUUGACAGUGCGGGGCCAUAGUGACAUAAACACAAUAUAUUUCAUAUGAAUCAUGAAUCAUUGGAAAAAAAUAGACUUGAGCCUGCGAUCAUUUGAAACUGGUAAUUUGUCAGCGGAUAACUUCAAAAAAGUACUCGACCUCCAUGGGUCGACUCUUGAGCCCGCGCUACGGUCAGGUGAUACUGGUCAGCGGAUAUCCUGUUUUAACAGCUGUCAAUUGAUCACAACAUUGAUGUGCAAUUAGUUUUCUAUUGGGCUCCCAAACUAGCUAGAAAGUGUGAGAGUAAACAUUGGUUUCCCUGUUGUGCGGACGGACGGUCGGGCGUACGGUCACGUGAUUACCAAAUUUUCUCGGAUGGGUAGGUUACCACAUUUCCUUAGCUAUGGGGCUCCGUCCACGCGCGCGCUUCGCGCGCGGGUGGAGCUCCGCUAAAAUUUCCACCAGUGAUUGAAUAUGAAUUGAAGUUUGUCAAGUUUUUAAGUGAAUUUGAUAUCACUAUGACAACAAUAAAGGCAAUGAAGAAUAAAAUCAGUUUGUUUAACUGGUCAUUAAAAUAUGACUAAAAUAAAGGUUUGUUAAUUGAGUUUCUCUCUGUUCACAAACGAUACGAAACGCAGUUUGAAAAAUGAUAAGGGUCGAAUUCAAAAUUUUGAGAGCGAUCCUCCCAAAAACAGCCUUAAAAACAGUCAUGAACAUUAACCUUUCUCCUUUUACCUUUUCAGAUCACAUAUUAUUGCUUCAAGUUUGAGUUCAUUUGCUCGGUGAACGAAGUUGUUUGAGCAUAACAAAGAUAAUCUUAGGCUGAUGAGGAUUUCAUUGUCACAGGGCGCCACAUGACCAGCCGCAACCAGGGUUCUUUCUUGAGGAAGAAAGAGAGAGAACCCUGGGAAUGACACUGCAAAGCCUGCUCUUCUGUACUGAAGACUUGAAGAAACCAAAUUUUACUGCGUCGCAAUAUAUCAAUCUUGAAACUGAAAAGUGACAUUAAACGACGGUUAAUCUCGAGAAGAUGAAUUUCUGAAAAAAUAUCUAUCCAGUGGUUUCAAAACUAUUCGCUUCUUUGUUAAUUAAAAGUAGACCAAAAUUUUUACAAAACUGCUAACAAGAGCGCAUUGAUACCUACUAAUGAAAUCCUUCUUUUUCUCCGGCUACUCCGGUUUUCCCCUCUCCUCAAAAAACUAACACUUCCAAAUUCCAAUUCGAUCUGGAACGCACGGACACUGUGAUUUAAACGAGUUCAAAUGAACACCUAUUUGCUUCGUGGGUAAACAAUCAAUUUUUUUUUUAGCAAUCGGCUCUUGAUGAUCUUUGUUACAUGUUUUUUAAAAGACUGAAACUUCAAUGAUGUGUAAUUGCAUUUCAAAAGUGUCUUGUCUUGUACAGAUAACGGCCGAAAAUCAGGAUUGUCCAGUUUUUGACCGUAUUUCCAACUAUAAAAAAUGAAAUCCUUCUUUUUCUCCGGCUACUCCGGUUUUCCCCUCUCCUCAAAAAACUAACACUUCCAAAUUCCAAUUCGAUCUGGAACGCACGGACACUGUGAUUUAAACGAGUUAAUAUGAACACCUAUUUGCUUCGUGGGUAAACAAUCAAUUUUUUUUUUAGCAAUCGGCUCUUGAUGAUCUUUGUUACAUGUUUUUUAAAAGACUGAAACUACAAUGAUGUGUAAUUGCAUUUCAAAAGUGUCUUGUCUUGUACAGAUAACGGCCGAAAAUCAGGAUUGUCCAGUUUUUGACCGUAUUUCCAACUAUAAAAACUUCAUACCAAAAUAUCUCGAUAACGCUGCUAUAGAUUUCGCUUAAACUUAGGGAACAUCAGGGACAAAAAAAGUUCCCGUGAACGAUUAAAAAAAAGAAAAAUUUCCAGUGCCGAGAAAUAUGGCUGCAAGUAAAAUAGGUAAUGGCGUCAGUUCCCUAGUAUGACAACUCCGAUGUCAUCGCAACUAGUGAUGGGAAUUGGCUGAGAUUUUAUAAUCGAUCAUCGGAAAUAAUCUCAUUGAUCCAACCGAUUGAUCAUCGAUUUUACUCGGAAAAGCUAUUGAUAAAAAAACAUGUCUGUUUCAACUGUGUACAAGUCGCAGUGGUUUUAUUAUUAUUAUUAUUAUUAUUAUUAUUAUUAUUAUUAUUAUUAUUAUUAUUAUUAUUGUUAUUAUUAUUAUUAUUAUUAUUAUUAUUUUUAUUUACAUUAACAUUAGUUGAUUUUCUUCUUACAGUAAACAGUAUCUAGAAAUUGCAUUCCCCAAGCCUGGUAGUGUAGUUAAUCUGCACUCGAGGGGAAUUUACAGCUUACACAAUUUUUUUUUUAUGGUUUUAUUUGCCGUCAAUAUUUUUUUUUCAUUUGUCCGCAACAAUCGAUUGUCGCGUCUCUUAAAGAUUUUGGAUCAAUGAUCGAUUAUAAUCGAUGACGGGCACACCACUAAUCGCAACCCUGAUUGAUCACAAAUUUUCAUCUUUAUCUAAUCCAGCUGUGAUAAUUUUUCCAAAUCUUUGUUAAUGGUGACGUAGUUUAUGCUCAAACAUGAAUUACCUGGCCUUGUAUGCAAUCACCCCAUGACCCCAUGGCUUUUCUUUUACUCUCACACUACUCUACUACUACUCUGGCUUUUCUCAUCUCACUAUUAUAAUUAAUAUUCCAGAAAAACUAAGAUUUAUGACUGUUUUGGUAACUUUUGUUUUAGUUGUUAGCCUUGCUCCACUAGUGUUUGCAUUUCCAGUACAGGGUGUCCCAAAAGUUCGUUCCUCCACUUUAUAAGUCUGUAUUUCAGUUCGAUUGGACUUGGUAAGAAAAUCAUUUAAACAAAAGUUGUGACUUUAUAUCUAAUUUACUAUUUUGGUACUUGUUGUGCUAUCUUUUGAGUCGAAUAUUCGAUUUGUGUACUGCCGCGCCAAAGGUGCGCUUGCGCGAGUAUAUUUUCCAGCCUUUUUUUGUUUGUAUUUUAUAGCCCGAAUUGCUCCAACUCCUUCCUUUUUUGUUGUUGUGAAUAUCAAGAAAGAUAAACACCCUUAACGCAAAAACGUCCAGCUACGUGAGAGCAUAAGCAUGUAUACUUCGAUUUACUGGCUUAUCUGUUAUAGAAACUGCUAAAAAAACUGGAAAAAUCAGCAUGUUGGGUGGUAAAUGAUCAUGGCGAAAUGAAGGUCUUGAAGGCAAGAAAAAACUGGAAAAAUCAGAAUGUUGGGUGGUAAAUGAUCAUGGCGAAAUGAAGGUUUUGAAGGCAAGAAACGAGGGGGAAGACCAAAAGUCCUGAAUAAAGCAGGUAAAAUAGUUUUAAGAAGACUAGAUACAAAAAAGGAGACUUCUCCACAAGGAAACUCUCACAUAGUUGGCAAGCAAAGUCCAGAAAGGGUCAUGAAAAGCUGUUUAAAAUGUUUAAAAAAUUAGAGACCCCUGAGAUGGCCAAAAAAACUGCUUAGUCUAUCAAGUAACGCCCAGCUAGUCUCAAUUUUGUAAAGAAGUACAAAAGCCUUACUGUGGAAGGGAUGAUUAUCUUUUUUGAAUGAGUGGUCAAUAUUUUGUUCAGCUGCCUAAACUAAACAAAUAUUGUUUGGGGGCUGAACAGGCUCCUGCGCACAAGCUGAUAAAAAAGUUCAAUAUGGAUCAUCUGUGGGUCCACACGCUGUAUUCCACUUCAUGCGCAACGGCUACAGAAUGUUAUAAAAAAACAAAAAGGGUACGCCAGUAACUGAAAUUCUGAAUACAAGUUCUCGAUAGUGAAAUAAACAUCUUCUAGGAAUUUCAAGUAAAACUAAAGCUUUGAUCAAAAGUUAUAGUGCAUGAAAUUAGAGGAACGAACUUUUGGGACACUUUUCCGCAAUCAUUUAGCACACUUAAUAGUUCUACAGCUGUAUGAGAAAUGCAAAAAUUAUUGUGUUAAUGUACAGUUUUUGCUUUCUUGUAUUUUAAAUUUAAGGGCAAUUUCUAGGUACGAGCCCCUGGGGGCUUGUAUCUGGAGGGGCGAUUUAAAGGAGGUUUUUUGGCGUUUACGAGUUUGGUGGGAGGGGGGGGGGGGGGGGGGCUUAUAUUUGGAGGGGCUUAUUUUACGGAAUUUUACGGUACUAUUGUAUCGACCAAUGUUAUGUUUGUAUCCUUCAGUUAAACCAACUGUGACAUUCAAAAGAUGUCCCACUCCAGUUACUGAGGGUAAUAAUGCAACUCUUUAUUGCAACGCUACUGGUUGCCCUGUGCCCAAUGUUGCAUGGAUCAAUGCGAGUUCAGGAAAUAUUGAGUCGUCUACCAAGACUCUUGUGAUAACAGCUAUAACAAGGAGUGAAAGGGGCAGCUAUAUAUGUCAUGCAUCAAAUGAGAUCGGAAAUGGCACACAGACCUGUGAAAUUGAUGUGUACUGUAAGUUGUAUUUAUUAUUGAACAGAAGAUUUUAUUGAUGUAACAAAUAUCAACUCAAAGGUUUUGAGCACUAUAUGUAGUUGCCAACAAAUUUCAUUCAGCAAAUGGAGCUUUCUCUUGGUGUUUAAUGCUUCUUUGCUAAAAGACUAACUAUAGAUUGGUUAUACUUUUAUAAUCCUUUGCCAAGAAUAUAUCUAAAUAUCUAUCUCUAACCCACCAUAUGGCCAGUACGAUUUCGGUUGAUGUUUGACCCACUACCCAUAUAUUCCCCAUUUUUGGUGUUGUUAUCCUAUUCUACAGGGUACAAUACCCAAUCUUUAAGGUUCUCCCUAGCAAUGCAGUCUAAAUUUGAAAAUCCAGUGGAAGGUAACUCGUGCCCACAGCUUGCAGUCUGGUUUACAGUGCAGGUUUUGUAGCUUUAAGUCCACUAUUAUGUACAUUAUAAACAACAUAUUGGGACCUAUAUGCAUUUCAAAGUCUGUCUCUUUAGAUAUGUAGAACAAAAGCAAAAUUUAAUCUUGGUUUGACAAUUAUUGUUAGAGAGGUCAAGCAAAUGAUAACUCAAAAUGAAAUGGGACAAAUUAUCGUGUUGUUUACUCCAACAAAGCUUGUGAAGAGAAAAAAACUGUUUUUUUUUUCAAGACAACUGUGUAACACUUGUCUUGUGAUAAAACUUUUAGAACAUGUCAGAGAUGUCCUUGUAUUUUCUUUUGUAUCAAACUCGUUGUUGUUUAUUGUAAUAUUUUAGAGUAAGCGUAAGGCAAUUUGGUCGAACGAUAAAAACUGAUACCCUACAUAAAAAUACGUUCAACUCUCUCGUAAGCCACCAACCCUGGUGCAUGACCAAGUGGCAAAUUGGGCUUUUAUUAAAAAUUGAUUUGUUUUAUAAUCAUGUGAAAACCCUUCGAUAAGGUCUGCUCAUUAAGCUCUCUCUUCUCCUUCACAUAAAAUGUACAAGUAUCACUUAAACACUUCCCUUUGUCAAUGCGUGAAAGAAAGGCUCAGUUCAUAUGUCGUGCUUCUGCCGUGCCGAACUCAACUCUUUUUUGAAAUAGUAGCAAAGAACAAACAAACAAAAUAGGUAAGUAAAUAACACACACACACUAUACACUGUGUGGAGAAAAAGAUGGAUAUGGUCAACUUUCAAAUUGUCUAAUCAAUAUAUGUCGUUUUAGUUAGCGUGGGAAGGAGAAAUUUGGGAGAUCUUUCACAUUUCCGGAAACACAUUGUCAUAAUUUAUGAAUUUAGUUCGAGAUAUUUGAAUUACUACCAUCCAGAGUCGUGUAGCACGGCUGACCUUGUCGAAUUUAAUUGUUCUACCGAACCAAACUUAAAAUGUUUACUCAGAAGUCGUGUUUCUGCCAUGCCUUUGGCGAAAGUUCGGCACUGUAGAAGCACGAGUUAUGAACUGGACCUAACUUCUAUACCGAUAACAUAUAACCUGACUGUUGACAAUUUAAGAGGCUAGGUCAAGCGUUAGUCACUGUUCACCAAUAAUCCUCUCGCGCACUCCAAAAAGUAAAGAAAAGAAAAAGGAAACGAUCUUUGCAACACCGAGAAACACCUCCAAAUGCCAAAAGAGGGCGUGCAUUACAUGUACUGCAUUUCGGUAAACGUAAAAGACGUCGAACUUUAUGAAAGUGUGAAUCACAGUAAUGAAAAAUUAUCUUUUAUCUUGUCUGCCUAUUUGUAGUUUUCAGCUUGUAAUUAACUAAACCAAUAAGGAAAAUCUACUUAAAACUAUUACCUAACUCCCAAGUACCAAAAUAAGAAACUACUUGUACUGUGUGUCGGCAUCACGAAGCUCUUCUCGUGGACAACAAGAAGAAAGGAACGGAGUGAAAAAAUGGAACAACCACCCCCGCCCCUCCAUUAACUUUCUUUUUUUCUUUCUUUUUUUUUUUCAUUUUGCACUGAGCUGCCCAUUUCACUCAGCCAUUUUACUUCAUUUGGCUGCUUGAGGAUCAGCGAUUGAUUGAGUUAUGUUUAUUACUUCUCACUAACUGCAACUGUUGCUUAUGUUCCCUCAUUUUUUUAAGUAUCUGUUUUAUUUCAAUUUUUCUGUGUUGUUUUUUUGUUAUUCCAACAUAGAAGUGUAGGCUGGGUCUUUUACGCUUCCAUUUAUUCUUUCUAAAUUUUGAUGAAGUUUAAAAUGACAUAACAAGAAGAGUGAUAAUUAUAAUCAUUUAAGUUAAUAAUAAUAAUAAUAAUAAGAAGAAGAAGAAGAAGAAGAAGAAAAUAAUAAUUAUGUUACUUUGAAGAAAAAAGGGUACUAAAUAAGAAUAAGAAUUUAUUGAAUGUAAGUCACUUUUUUCAUGUAAAUCUUAUUUAACAAUGUUCAAUACUAUACAGACGUACACGAAACGAACGGAAGAAAAAGGGCAGGGAGUCCCUAAAAUUUCAUUUACGACACACGUGACUCGUUUUCCUCAGACUCUUUUAUACGGUCCGACAGUUAAGGUAGUGUUGAAGAAGAUCUACUGCGUCACCAAUUAUAAAAAGACGACUUACCAAAAAUGAGUAACAUUUGACAGACCUGAGUCGUAUAACUAUUUGUCGCGAACCAUGGUGCUGAAUCCAUCUAGUAGUUGUUUCGCCUUAAAACUACAGGAGUUCUCGCUUUAAAUUUGACAACAAUUCCUUUAAAGAUAGCUUUCGUAUUACACUGUCGGAUUCCUGUAAGUGUAUACCUUCGAUUCCCAAAUCUUUCAUAACUGAUGUCGUUGAAAGAUCGAUAUCCGGGAUCCAGCGGUGCCUUGAUGACUUGAUGUUUUGAAAGGAAUGGUGGUCCAUAGUUCUUUCUCAUCAGGACGAGUAAUAGUUUUGUUCGCUGGCGAUGGAAUUUUUUACCAGGUGGACCUGUUUCAGGGUCAGAAAUUUCACCCGGAAAGGCGGCAAGGCUUCUAGUGUUACCUCCCUUGGGCAUUUGUGUAGUUCGAAUUUUUCACCAAAAGAAGGAGGUCUUUUUAUACUGCGCUUUACAUGUAAAGUAAAUGUGUCGUGCUUACUUUAAGAAAAGUACUUUUCCGUGCUGUGGAGAUGUAAAUGAGUCUUAGUGUCAUUCUCCACAAAACGCUAAGAAAACAGGUAGCUGUCUGUUGCUUCUUCUGAUGUCAAGUCCUAAAGUUAUUAGAGCCCUGGAUCUUUUUCAUGCUAUCAGGUAUGAGUCAAUGAUUUAAGCCAUUACAUUUUUUACACUUGAAUUUCACAGUAAUUACCCAGUCUUUUACUACUGCUCGUGAAAAUAACGCUCGGUAAAAUUCUGAAGAUUUUUCGUUUGCACGAUUGGUCUGCUUGUGUCAUCUACAUUUGUGCAUUUUUAAUGUUGGGAAACCUGUUUUUUUAACUCUCCGAGGAGGACGUUGUAAUGCUUGUUGACUUUUAAAAACAGUCUUGUUUCUGCAAUGUUUCUGGCCUUAGAAUAGUUUCACCUGGUGAAAAGUGUAACUGCUUGUCUGUCCAAUAAGAAAAUUAACCCGUAACCAACUAACACAAUGAAUUUCUGAGUCUAAUCCUCACUAUCUCAUCACUAUUUAACCGGUGCUUUAUUCAGUAAAUCAUUAAAAAUUAUGACUUAGGAUGACCACAAGGUCGAUAUACACGCCAUCUUAACACGAUAUUUUAACUCUGGCUUAAUCAUUUUCUUCACGUCAGGAAAAAGUACUUUUCUGAAAUCAUCUGUCUUUGAUUCUUUUCACCAUUUUCACCGCGUCUAAUUCCUUUGUUUAAUGACAUUUAUUUGCAUUGUAGAUCGGCCCUCCUCUUCAGCAAUAACAACUAUUCCAAGUAACACCACAGUGCUGCGUGGAUCUAACGUGUCAUUUACCUGCACUACAGACGCUAAUCCUCCUGCCAAUAUGUAUCACUUUUACUUUAAAGGAAGUUUGAUAGAGAGCAAUUCUUCAGAUGUGUUCAAUCGCACUGUUGAAGACGAUGGAUUGUUCACUUGUGUUCCUAUCAACACAGUCGGCACAGGAGACAAUGCUACCGUCAACGUCACUGUUGUUGGUGAGUCAGUAAACAGACCACACAUGCAUUGAUUCAUUCAGCAGUUUACAUUAUACCUUAGCUGUUAGGGCAGCUUUGAGGUCACGUCACGUUUUGAACAUCUUUUGUUCAGUGUAUUGCCGUUGCUAAGCUAAUUUAAUAACUAUUUGCAGAUGCUCCGGUGGUAG